AAGAUUCACAAGUGAUUGCUAGAUGUUGUAAUUCAUGAAAUUUCUUUACUUAUAUGAAAGAACAUUGAAUUACUUAAUUAGCCCUAAAUUUCUCUCCAAAAUAAAUUGAUAGAGAAAAUCCGGGAUAUUUGAUACUGGAUCAUGUCCUGAACCCCAUAUAAGAAGCACCAACUUGUCUGGAUACACUGCAAAUAUACCAAUGGCCAGUUACAGGUUUCAGCUGUUUCUAAACAUUUCCUUCUUCCUUAUACUUGCGAUUGGCCAAUCGUCCAUAGCAGCAGCUAAUGAUGAUAGAAAGGCUUACAUUGUUUAUAUGGGAUCGGCUCCUGAGGGGGAAUAUCUUGCAACUUCCAGGCAACGAACUAUGCUUCAAAAAGUUAUCAGGGGAAGUUCUGUGGAAGAAUCCAUGAUCAGAAGUUACAGAAGGAGCUUGAAUGGGUUUGCUGCCAAGCUCACUGAGGAGGAAGUAGAAGAACUGGCCAACAUGAAAGGAGUAGUCUCCAUUAUUCCUAAUCGAAUUUACCACCCUCGGACAACAAGGUCAUGGGAUUUUAUGGGUUUUAGUAAUACUGUUAGACGCAAUCCCACCGUUGAGAGCAAUGUCAUUAUAGGUGUCAUUGACAGUGGGAUCUGGCCUGAGCUACCAAGUUUCAGUGAUAAAGGUUUUGGUCCCCCUCCGAAGAAAUGGAAGGGUGUUUGCAGAGGCGGCAAAAACUUCACUUGUAACAACAAGGUCAUCGGUGCUCGGUUUUACAAGUCAGUGCCAUCUGGUGAUGAGUCUGCAAGAGACAAUUCGGGUCAUGGUACCCAUACAGCGUCAACAGCAGCCGGGAAUGUGGUAAAGGAUGUUAGCUUUUUCGGACUUGCACAAGGUACAGCAAGAGGAGGGGUUCCCUCUGCAAGGAUUGCUGCAUACAAAGUUUGCCAUAAAAAAGGGUGUGAAUCAGUGGAUAUCCUUGCAGCUUUCGAUGAUGCUAUCGCCGAUGGUGUUGAUAUUUUAUCAGUGUCACUAGGAUCAGCUGAAUCAACAGAAUUCUUUGAUGAUGUCAUCGCCAUUGGUUCUUUCCAUGCAAUGGAGAAAGGAAUACUUACUCUGAAUUCUGCAGGCAAUAAUGGUGUAGCAGGACCACUUGGGGUUGAAAGUGUUGCUCCUUGGAUGGUUGCUGUUGCAGCAAGUACCACGGACCGUAGAUUAUCCACCAAAGUUGUUCUCGGGAAUGGCAAGACCUUAAAUGGAUUUUCAGUUAAUCCUGAUACUUUCAAUGGAAAAAAGUUGCCUUUACUUUAUGGACGUGAAGUUUCAAGUAUCUGCUCUGAAGAUGAUGCUAGGUUGUGCAGCGAAUCAUGUGUCGACAGUAAACUAGUUAAAGGAAAGAUUGUUUUGUGCGAUAAUUCCGGAAGUGAUUCUGUAGUUUAUAGUGCUGGCGCUGCAGGGUCAAUUGUUCUAGAUGACCUACCUGUGUCUUUUAUUACACCAUUGCCUUCGCCUGGUUUAAACGCUAGAGACUAUGAUUUGCUGUUGUCCUACAAGAAUUCAACCAAGAACCCUGUUGCAGAAAUAUUGAGAAGUGAAUCCAUUAAAGAAUCAUAUUCUCCGGUGGUUGCUCAAUUCUCCUCACUUGGGCCUAAUUUUAUUGCACCUGAUAUUCUCAAGCCGGAUAUAACAGCUCCAGGAGCCGAAAUUUUAGCAGCCUAUUCGCCAAUCUCAUCACCUAGUGGUUCACCUGUAGAUAAAAGGCGAGUAAAAUAUAGUAUAUUAUCAGGAACCUCAAUGUCUUGCCCACAUGUUGCUGGUAUAGCCGCAUAUGUUAAAACAUUUCACCCAGAUUGGUCUCCCUCAGCCAUCAAAUCUGCUCUCAUGACUACUGCGUGGGCAAUGGAUAGAACCAAAAACCCAGAUGGUGAAAUAUCUUAUGGAUCGGGGCAUGUCAACCCUGUAAGAGCCAUCGUUCCAGGACUUGUAUACGAAACUUCGAAGGAAGAUUACAUAAAACUGAUGUGCAGUUUGGGAUACACUCAAGAUAAUAUAAAGCAAAUUUCAGGAGAGAUCAGUGCUUGCCCUGUGAAAUCUAAAAAUGUUCCAGCAAGGGAUAUGAAUUAUCCUUCAUUGGCAGCUUCAGUCCCAACCGUCAAGUCUUUUACUGUUAGUUUUCGUAGAACUGUCAAGAAUGUUGGCCUUCCAAACUCUAUUUACAGGGUUCAAAUCUCUCCAAACCCAAAACUUAAAGUUGAAGUGGUGCCUAAGGUUUUGACUUUUAAGGCGUUGAAAGAGACCAAAACUUUUACUGUUACUGUUAGUGGUGGAGGUUUAUCAGCAAAGUCUAUGGAGUCUACUACAUUGGUCUGGUCGGAUGGGACACAUAUUGUUAGAAGUCCAAUUGUUGUACAUACAUAUCCUAGUAUUAAGUCUAGUUAAUUCUUUGUUUAGAUUGUCAUCUUUUUUGUUCUCUAAUGGUAUUGUAAUAAGAAUUCCUUCACGGAUUGCGUUAUGUAUUUGCAUUUUAUUAUGUCGUAAGUUUAUAAAAUGUUUU